UUAAGAAAAUAACUCACAACUUUAAUAAUCAACAAGCUUCAAAAGCAACACCAAGAAUUGGAAGUUUAGCUCCUCAUUUGGAGACUAAGCAUAGCUAGAAAAAAUAUAGAGAAAUGUUAUUCUAAACUGAGCUUAAGAGUAUGGAAGAAGGGAUGAUUUUUAAUGAAGGAAAAGUGGGCUAUUUAUAGGUGUUUUUCAACACCUUUGGCCGGAUACCCGACCGGGUCAAGUACUUACCCGGCCGGGUCCGGUCAAAAUCAGAUAAUCCGCCACGUUCUGGUGAUCUUCGCACGCCGGAUUGUCCCCAGUCACUUCUCACCCGACCGGGUGAGGUAGUGGGCCCGACCGGGCCAUGCACUUUCUUUGCAUUUUCGUUUUUCACUUCUUACCUGACCGGGUCAAGUAUUAUACCCGGUCGGGUAUUUGCUCCUGGGCAGCCAAAUCUUCUUUUUCUUCACUUCAAAGUCUUCCUUUCCAUUACUACAAAUCCUAACUAGACUUUACAACUUACAAAUAAAGACUAAAAUACAAUUACAACUAAAAUCACACAAAUGUUUAUAAACUAAAUAAAACGUCAAACAAUCACCAUAAAUCAAACAUAAAAACAUAUAAUGAUGCACUACUAAUUAGUGUGCAUCAGUGUACUGGCCGAUAACGGCUAUUUGGAGGCCCCUCCUCUCUCUCUUACAGUGAUUAGGAUGAAGCCAGGUGUCUGGCUGGUCCCACCGUAGACAUCAUGAGACCAGAUGCAGGCAAUCUCCCUUCCUCGUGUCCCCCGGGAUUUUUCAUGGUCCAUAACGAUGCCUUAGACCAAGGCUUUUGGUUCCCGUUGCAUCCAUUCUUUGUGGAAUACCUCAACUGUGUUGGGUUGCUCCCCUGUCAGAUAACCCCCAACGGGUUCUACCUUAUUGCCGGCUUUUUGCCGCAUUGUUAGGAGCUGAAGAUCGAGGUCAGUGUGGACCUCUUCCGCCAUCUGUUUCAGAUUGGUCUUAAUCCUUCCAAGGAUAAUCAGAGCUAGGCUGUUAUCUCCCAGCAUUAUGGCCGGAGUGGUUUCCAUAACACCCCACUUCUCACCAUGGAUGGAAGCACAUGUUUGUGUUUGUCUAUACGAGAAGGGAGGAACGGUCUGUUUGAUGAUGUCGUGUAGACCUACAUAGAGUUUGGUGACAAGAAUAUCAACCUGUAUGUGACAGAGGAGAAGUUGGCAGGAAAGCUUGGCUUUAAUUUCUAUAGCAUUGUUCCUACUGAGGACCAUGGGGCUCAAGUGGAGGAUAUGAUGUUGAUGGUGCAACCAUUGAGGGACACAGUGUUGCAGCUGCUGUUGAGGAAGAGCCCAAGAAUGGGCAGAUGCUGAUGAGCAGGCUGGUGCCCAAGAGAGGGUUGACCUAGUUGCGACUAUUGUCGCCUCAUUGCCUGAUAGACAGGGAGGUUCUGCUGCAGUUCCCACUGCUUCUAAGGUGUUGGGACCUGAGAACUCAAGCGAUGAGAGGGCUUUUGCCCACAUGUCUCUCCUCAACAGCGAUGAGAGGGCGGGAGGGGUUGAGUUGGCCCCCAAGAAGAACAAACACCAGAAGGAGGUCUGUUCUGAGAUAGUGAAAGAGCAGCUGCUGUUGAGGAAGAGCUCAAGGUGGGACUUCCACUUCUGGGCAAGGUCUCAUUGCCACCGCAGUCCGCAGGUACCUUGUUUUUCUCUUAGUUUGACACUCUGUUUUGUUGCAUGAAUUUGUGGUGUCAGUGUCUGCAUUGUGCAUUGUGUUUUUUCAUCUAUACUGUUGUGCUUGACAGGUGGCUUAAGGAGAAAGACUAAGUCCUCUGAGUGGGUGAGGAGAAAGACUAAGUCCUCUGAGGGGUGAAACAACCUGAGCCCUCCCCAAGUGGGUCCUCACCCUCCUCUGAGGAUAGUGAUGAAGAUGAUGAAGAUGGUGUUGGUGCCGCUCAGCAAGACAAUGUCGCGACCAGAGAGGGUGCGGAUAAAGAAACCCGUGAUGUCGCGGAAUUUGGUGGAGAUGUCGUAGGUAAAUCCAAUGUCGUGGUCGAAGAUGGUGAUGUCGUUGCGCAGUCCCAUGUCGCGGCUGAUACAGAUGGGCACUGAUCUCAGGUCCCAACAUCCCCGUGCUAAGGCUGUCACUGUUGUCACUCCUCCCCACCCAGAUGUGGUCAUGGUGGAGAGUGAAGAUGAUGAUGACGCGGAUAAAAAGAUCAUUUGGCAGCUACAGGACCGGAUAUAUCAAGAUCAUCCCGGGCCCAGCAGCGCUUCUACUUCCGGAAAGGGGUCUAAUCAGCCGUACAUCCCCAAAGACUGGUCGGGGAAGCAGAAGUUCCAGUUCUUUAUGGAUGGUGAUGACAACUUUGUGGUCGAAAGCAUCAACACCAUGGACUUCUUGACUAAGAUCUGGCUCCCCUCUGAUGACCGGUUGAUGAAGAGGAUGAGUUCUAGGGGUAUUGCCAAUGAGCUCACCUCCACUGCUCUUAAAGUGUCUUUUAUGCAUGUCUGUUAUGCUUUCUUUCAACUUGUUGUUUACCUGUUUAUUUAUUAGUUCUUUUUCUGCCGAGAUCAGGGCUAAAAAAGCUGAGAGAAGGGAGAUGGGCCUCCUUCAUACCAGGCACCUGAUUGAGCAAGCUCUAGAAAUCUCUCAGAAACAUGUUGAUAAGUUGGAGAGAACUGCUGAUCGGGCUCUCGAGCAGACUUUCAGUUUAAGGAACUGCUUGAUGAGUUCACUAAGAGAGCCUUAGAUGCGGAGGCAGCGGAGCAGCAGGUGGAGGUCUUGGAGGCCACCUUAAAGGAGGGCGAAGCUCAGUUUGGAGCCCUUAGGGCGACUGCAGAUGAGGUUGUAAAAGCCCUAGCUGAAGCAGAGGAUAUGGCCUCUGGCUUUAAAAAGAAUGCCCAGUGCUUCGAGUGUCUGUUUAGGGAGGCCUCAGAGAAGGCCUGAGUUAACUAUGAGGGGUGGCAGAAGAAGAUGAUUGAGCUCUCCACCAAGCUGGUGAAGGAGCGUGAUGUGCUCCACGAUAACCUGCAGAGAACUAUCUCCGGAAGUAGGAGUGGACUCGGGCCGGGCCAACCGGCCCGGAACCGGACCGGCCCGCUACUGUGCGGGUCCGGACCGGCCCGGUUUGGCGGUUAGUUCACGGUUCGGGCCACCCGGCCCGGUCUUCAAGCGGUUCGGUCCCGGGCCUAGAUUUUAGUGAACCAGUCCGGCCGGGCCUCAACGGUCACUUUUUUUAAAAAAAAAAUUAAAAUAAUAGAAGGCUCCAUAGCCGUUGGGAGACCUCCCAAACGGCUCUAUAGCCG